AUGCACACAGGGAAAGGCCUGACCAGCGUUCUCUACUUUUCAGAUUUGAGUGAAGAACGACUUGGGGAUAGCAGCACCACAGACAACACCGAGAGCUUCAGUGACAAGGACACAGAUCAGAGGAGCUCACCAGAUAUGGCAAAAAGUAAGAGCUGCUUCACUCCCGAGAGCCCCGAGAUAGUAUCUGUGGACGAAGGCGGCUAUGCCGUCCAGAAAAAUGGCGGCAGCUCAGAGGGCCGUCCGGAGAGCCCCAAGUACCACGGGGAACAGAAUCACCUCCUGAUCGAGGGCCCAUCGGGGACCGUUUCUCUCCCGUUCAGCUUGAAAGCCAACAGACCACCACUGGAAGUGUUAAAAAAAAUAUUCCCCAACCAGAAGCCCACGGUGUUGGAGCUGAUCUUGAAGGGCUGUGGGGGGGACCUGGUGAGUGCCGUGGAGGUCCUGCUCUCCAGCCGGUCCUCAGUCUCGGCUACGGACCGAACUUCAGAACCCGAGAGCCUUGUAUUGCCCCCAAAUGGGCACAUCUUUGAACACACCUUGAGCUCCUACCCCAUCUCCUCUUCCAAAUGGUCCGUGGGGUCGGCCUUCAGAGUCCCAGACACAUUGAGGUUUUCCACGGACUCCAGUAACGUUGUCCCCAACCCCUUGGCGGUACCCCUGCAGCACCCUUUCCCCCAGCCACCCCGGUACCCUCUGAUGCUGAGGAAUACUUUGGCGAGAAACCAGUCGAGUCCCUUUUUGCCCAACGAUGUCACCCUCUGGAACACCAUGACUCUGCAGCAGCAGUACCAGCUGAGGUCCCAAUAUGUCAGUCCUUUCCCCAGUAACUCUACCAGCGUCUUCAGAAGCUCGCCUGUCCUCCCCUCUCGCGCCCCGGAAGACCCUCGCAUCUCUAUCCCUGAGGAUGGGUGUCCAAUUGUGUCAAAGCAGUCCAUUUACACCGAGGAUGACUAUGACGAGCGGUCUGAUUCCGCAGACUCUAGAAUACUCAACACUUCAUCUUAAAGUGGUGGCAGAUGCGGAGAGACCAGGUGACUUUUUUUGUGCAUUUGAACGCUGGGGAAGUCCCCUCCCCAU